CCGGUACCGUGUUCCUUCUUUUCGUUCAGCUGUUUGUUUUGAAUGAAGCAGGCUCUAUUUAUUUAUUUAUCUAUCUAUCUAUUGAUUGCGUUUUAAUUACCGGCCUAUGACAUAUAACUGGGGGGGGGGGAGCAACAGCCAGACAGGGGACCUUUCAUAGUCUUACAUAUUAUUUGAUUAUUUAAAUGUAUCAAAUAAUUGAGUUUAUUUAAUCAUACACAAAUGCUGCUUUGUGUGCGUUAGUUCAUCAGCUGACCAGUAAUAAGACAGCUAAUAACCAAAUACAAGAACCAAAAAGAGAACUUCAGAACAGUUGUUCAGUUUUUCUGUGUUGACGAUAAACAUAAAAACAGCAGACAACAAAGAAAAAAAAUACUUUUUGAGCAAGAGAAUAAAAGAGGAAGAUAUUUAUGUUUAAGACAAACCAAAGCAAACUCGUAAGAGGCAGAGGAGGCCACUGUGAAGCCUGCCUGCACACCUGUCUUCAAUCAACAUACAAAAACAUAAAACAAUUAACAAUAUCGAUCAUAAGAUACCGCAUGUACAGUUAUUGCUAGAUGCCUAUGCCAAACUUUGACACAUAGCAGAUACCAGCGUUAGAGUCAGGGUGCUAAUGACCGAUGAGCAGGAGUUAGGCUGUUCUGUUAGGAGCUGCCGACGAAGUAGCCUACCCGUCUAUCCGUCUGUGUGUUGUCUAGAAAAAAAUCUUAUCUUUGAGAAACACGAUCAAGGGACGUCCACAGCGGUAUGAAACUGAGGCACAAACCAAAAAUGUGAAUGUAGCGACAAGCUAGAACUACCAACCAUUACUUAAAGUCCCAAACCAAAUAUUAUUCUAUACCAAACGUUUCACGCCGUCUACCUGGAAAGCAUACGAAGAAAAACAACGACAAAGGAGAGGACAAGCUUUUAGAGAAGAAGCUGAAAGAUAAACUCCCAGCCGACUGCGGAUCAUGUUUGUUCCCUUGCCGGUGCCGUUCGUCUUUCAGAGAACUGCUUCCGACUUCAACGCCUGGCGUCUCAAGUCCCCGCUGGCUCUACGCUCCAGCUCUGAUAUCAGGAUGUCCAAAGCAGCAGAAGAUGAGAAGCCUGGAGUAGAGCUUCCAGGGGAGAGCACAGACUCUGAGAGGAACACACCAGACAUCAGUGAUCAGCCUUUAAAAACAAGUCAUUUCAAUCUCUCCCCCACCCUGGCCAGCUCCAAAGGUAAGACUGAGGAAGAUCCUGAGAUGACCACCAGCCAUGUCCAGCCCCCUGCUCCAGCCCAGCAGCACGCCCCACACCCUCACACACAACUGAUGCACGCCCCACACCCUCACACACAACUGAUGCUGGCUGGCAGUCAACUGGCAGGGUUGGCAGCCCUCCUCCCUGCCCAGCAGCAACUCCUCCUCCAGCAGGCUCAAGCUCAGCUAUUGGCUGCUGCCGUGCAACAGUCUAACGCUGCACACGCCCACGCCGCUGCCCAUGCCGCUGCAGCAGCCAAUCAGGCACAGGCACAGGCUCAGCAACAGCAUCAGGCUGCCAAACAGGAGCAGAGCACUGUCCAUGCUCCGCCCCAGCUGUCCCUCUCUCAGCCAAUUCAGCUAACCGCCCAGGAUAUCCAGCAGCUGUUGCAGCUGCAGCAGUUGGUUCUGAUGCCGGGUCACCACCUCCAGAACCCAGGCCAGUUCCUGCUUCCCCAGGCCCAGCAGCCCCAGCAGGGUUUGCUAUCGACACCAAAUCUGAUUUCUCUACCUCCGCAGAACCAGGGGGGGCUCCUUACCUCCCCUCCCCGAAUGGGACUGCAAGCACAGCGUCGACAUGGCGACAGUCACUUGUCACUCCAGAGGGAGAAGAGCGAUGGGGGGGUGUCUUCAGGAGGGGGCGGGGCCUCUGUCCCCUCCGUGACCUCCCAUGGGGAGGAGCCUAGCGACCUGGAAGAACUGGAGCAGUUCGCCCGAACCUUCAAACAGAGACGCAUCAAACUGGGAUUCACACAGGGUGAUGUGGGUAUGGCCAUGGGGAAGCUGUAUGGUAAUGACUUCAGCCAGACCACCAUCUCCCGCUUCGAGGCCCUCAACCUAAGCUUCAAGAACAUGUGCAAGCUCAAGCCUCUCCUAGAGAAGUGGCUCAGUGAUGCAGAAACCAUGGCGAUAGACAGUAUGCUUCCCAGCCCCAGCUCUCUCUCCUCCCCUAUGAUGGGCUUUGAUGGGUUGCCAGGGCGACGCAGAAAGAAACGCACCAGCAUCGAGACUAACGUCCGAGUGGCCUUGGAGCGCAACUUCCUCUCGAACCAGAAGCCUACCUCGGAGGAGAUCUUGCUGAUGGCGGAGCAGCUGAACAUGGAGAAGGAGGUGAUCCGCGUCUGGUUCUGCAACCGACGGCAGAAAGAGAAACGCAUCAACCCUUCCAGCGCCACCCCCCCCCUGCCCAGCCAGCCCCCCCCUGUGACGCACAAACCCCCCUGCUACAGCCCGCACAUGAUGUCCAGUCAGGGACUGUCCCAGGUCGUCACCACUCUCAGCACAACAGCUACCAGUCCGUCGCCAUCGGUCACCUGCCCUCUGACCCCAAGUGGCUCUGCCGGCGGCAGCUCAGGCCCCUCCUCUGUGACCCCGCCUCCACACAGCACUGCUAGCCCCGCCCCUCCCGGCCUCAGCACCCAGGGCAUGAACACUGGGAACACAAAUGGAGUAAGCACAGUCAUGAGCCAAGCUCUUCUCGGAAGCAGUCCCCUGGCCACAAUGCAAGCCCUAGCUGCCAGUGGUGGUCAACUGUCCAUUUCCAGUCUUGAUACGAGUGGCCAGAUGAUUCUGGGCGCGGCCCCUGGGGGUCCUGGCGGUGGCAGCCUCCGUCCUUCCCUCUUCCUCAACCGCCCCACCCUGCUGCCCAUGACAGCGGGUGCCGCAGGCAUGGGAUUGGUCAGCGGCCUCAGAGAGUCCCCACCCCCUGGUGCCAGCGGAAUGAGCCUUGGUGAAUCCCUCUCCCCCUCAUGCUCUAGCCCCGCCUCCUUCUGCUCCUUUAGUGAAGCCUCCCCCCCGCCUCUGGACGAGGCCAUGGCCGAGUGACGGAACCCAAAGAACCUAUCAGAGGAGGGAGGAGGAGUUUCAGGCGGAGUGCUUUACAGAAAACAAAACCUCGCCUUUCAACCAAAGCCAUCUCUCUCUCCCUCCGUUUUUUUCUCCCUUGCGCUCUCUCACCCCGAGUCUUUUGAAGCCAAAAAAAUACACAGAUAGAAAGGGGAAGGAGAGAGCAAGGGAUGAUGGAGAGAACAGGAGAACGGGGGAGAUUUAAACCAAAAAAUAAGAUCUUAUCGAUACAGUUGGAGGGGUGUCAUGAUGGGACGUUUUGUCAAGUGUUUAAAAAGAACUGUUGCUCCUUUCUGUGGAAGAGUGAGAGGAAAAAAAUUGAUAGAAACUAGAGCAGGGAGGAAACACAUAACGACUGUGUGAGAGAUGGGUGGCAUGGCAAGGUCAUGAGAUGAAAAGACAAACAUGGAUGAAGAGUUGAAAAACAAAAUGUAAAAACAAGUAAACUAGAAAGGAAGAUACACAAAGAUAAAAAUGACAAACAUGCCAAAAUCUCCAAAAACCAAAAUACCAAAAACUGAAACCAAAAAAAUUGACAUUAAACAGAAGAACUAACGGAAAGAAAAGCUUUACUUAAAGACUUCUGACAUUGAACUGUCCAGGAUCAACCAACACUCUGUUACACCAAACACACCAAAACUACAUUUCACACCAUAUCUCCAUAUUGUUUUACAAUUAUUUUGUAUUUUUGUAUCGAUUGUGGUUUGAUUUUAAGUGGGGGAGAUUGUAUUUCAUGCCAAAUAAUAAUACUAGUUUGAUAAAUAUAUAUAUCCAUGUUUCCAAAAAGUGUGUCCCCAGUCCACAGUACCUACCUCUCUUGAAUACUAGCUUUAUCCUUGAAUUCUAUAAAAUGCUGUGGUGGAUUUAGAAGCUAUAUUUAUUGAUUACAGUUAUACACUUAACAACGUAUCAGUGGUUCAAAUCAGGUCUUGAUUUUUUACAUUGAUCAUUGUCAUCAUCAUCAUGACAACAUUGAUCUGUUGUUAACAUUUCAAAAAGAGACUUGGAUUUACAAUGGCAGAAAAACAAAAUAUAAUACCAACACCUACACACACACAGUCAAACUUAUUGAAACCAAAAGAAUCCCCAUUUCUCUGCUCUUGUUUACGUUUUUCAUGCCA